AUGAAGAGCUCAGAGGAGCCAUCGGAGGCUCAUAUCGCCCUUCAUGCUGUCCAAGCAACUUCCGAAGGCGACUUGGACACAUUACUUCAACUCGUCAAAUGGCGGCCCGAUGUGCUUCCUCAUGAUUUGACAUAUCAAUUGUUACUCUCCUUCUACCCUACCGAAACGUCCGAGAAUUCGACGGUUGUGGCAUUCCUGAAGUCGCUUGGGGGGCCCUCAGAAUCUCUAGGAAGCUCAGGAAAUCCGAGCCUUGACUCGUCAAUAUCUAGCCUGUCACGAAGCGAGGCGUCACGACAAUGUCGCAUUCUAGCCCUACGAUCGCUACCUGAGCACACAUCUAUCCAUACCCAGAGCGAUCUGGCGAACUUCAUUAUCGAAUGGGCGAAGCGUCUGGAGCAGCUUCAUGGGGCUAUCCAGCCAGCAGCGGAAUUCGUGGAGCAGUUCCUCGAAGACGACGUCGAUCUGCGACUGUGGUAUGAAACAUACCUUGUCCCGCUCCUACGAUUGCAAUACGAGUUUUACCCUGACGCCUAUGGCCUUGUUGACUUGGAGAGCAUCGAGAACUUCUCUGGGGCUGAAGGCAUCAGCAGACUUCUACAGUAUGCUGAAGCACAGCAGAACCCUUCUGUUCUAGCAAGAGAUCUGGACCAGGUGGUAUCCCCGUGGGUCAAUGGCGCAAACCGGGCGAAGAGGAGAAGACUCGAGGAUCAACCAAAAGAGGAUGCAGCUGAGGAGAUAUCAUGGAAGCCCGUGUACGAUUGGCUCAUUUCCUUGAGCAUGAAUAAGUUUGAUGUCGCGGCGAAGGCGUACGUGGAGUGGAGUGGUCCCGGCAGAAGCUUGCAAUCCGGAGACGAGGCAGCUCGGUAUGCACAGACAGGUCUAGCUAUUAUAUAUGGAUGCCGGGGGACGUCAACCGAUGCUUACGCCAUCUGCGGACAAGUCCUCGGCAAGGCCGCAGAGCUCGUUGGGCUCCAUCAAGUCGACCUUUCGCAGGGGGAGCCGGAAAUUCCACUACCCGAAAACGCUACAAAAGGUUUCAAUGAGACCGAUUUACUGCACCAUUUGCUCCAGAAAGAGACGAACGGAUUCACGCGUCCGUCGGAAACUUCGAUUCUGCUAUUAGCUGGGCUUCUAAGCACUGCAAAGAUUUUGUCGGGAUACGGACUGGCAUGGACGAUAGACGAUUUGGCACGCACCUGUGUAUUUGGUUCCGAACGACGGCACAAAGAUGAACUUCGCCGACUGCUGCAACACAUUCCACUUCAAACACGAAGAGCAAUCGACUGGCGUUCUGUACGGCAGCAGAUAUUGUAUCUUCAUUCCUGGUCCGCAAGCCAGCAGACUGAUGGCCGCGACAGCUCAGCUUUCUUGUCACGACUAUCUCUGAAUGUUCUAGAGACACAAGUUCUUGACGCCCUCCUCAAGGCCGCUCAGUACAGCCUUGCCCAAGAAAUCUAUCUUACAAGCGCAUCUCCGCCUUUGUCCUCUGCCGAAGUCCAUGCUCGUAUUGUUGCGGCGAUCUACGAAGCCUAUGACAAUGCAAGUAAUGGCAACAGAGACCGUGGUGGCAUGAAACGUGCAAACGAUAUCCUGAAGGUGUUUCGGCCAAAUUUUCCUCAAUCGUCAACUUUAUCCGGGAUUGACUAUCUCGUUAAAGCCACUCACAGCCUGUCGUUCUACCAGCUAACCCUGCAACACGGCGUCCCCUUCAAGCCUGUCGCUAUUCGUGUGCAGAAAGAUCCGUUGACGCUACUGGAGAAAGUCCUUGAACAGGAUACAAGAGCUUACACCAAGUUGGACGACCUGCUGGAGAUAGCACGCAGUCUCGUCCGUGCUCACGUUGCAACCCGGGGAAACAUGGUAGACGACUCCGAGCCGAUUGAGCUUCGAAUUCUCUUGGCCGAACAAAGGGUUACCUACGCAGCGAUCAUGGCAGCUCUUGCGAUGAAUGACUUCGACACUGCGUAUGCCUAUGUUACAACACAUUUGCACACCUCACCAGUGCAAUCUGCGGCCUCGUUGUUUACCGAUGACACAUCAUGGCGUGCGGCCUAUGCUGCCGGCAAAUAUCGUCCCAGCGCGUCCCCGAAAAGUUUGAAUGCUCGCAUUGAUAGUCUGACACAGCGUAUGGAACUCCUUUCAAGAGCAUUAUUGCUGGCGCCAUCUGGAGAAGCACUUUCUGGAAUUCUUGCUACCUGGCGCCGUUACGAAGAAGAGCUUGACGGACUGAAGACGCAAGCUGUAGAGGAAGAGCGCGCGUUCGACGCAAAAGCAGACGCAUCUCUCCCAGGAGCAUUUGGCGUGGACGAUCGCGAAGCAGAUGUAGCCGAGACAAAGCGUGUAAUGGCACAGCGGAGUGGGCCAACAGGAUCCGGCCCUUCUUAUGAGGAAGAGGCUCCUAUGGGCCUGUUCGAUGUCGCUAGAGGCGCUGCCUCAGCCUUACGAAAAAGUGCUGCCUUUCCGCUUGGGUCGAACGGCUUGCGAGACCUCAAAAUUAGCUCCGUCCCCGGUUCGCAAGACCUUCAACGGGAGCAGGCUAGUUCGCCGACCUCAGAUGAUGGUAGAAGGCUGCGGAAGCGAGAUAUGGUGGCCAAUAUGGUGGGAAGCGGGCUAGGUUGGGUUCUUGGUGCUCAGCCGCAAGACCGAGCGGACUAUGACAGUUGA